AUGCUCGUCUGCCAUCUCGUCAUGGUAGCUCGGCCGGUUUCCCCUUUGGUAAGCGACAUGAACUGCAUCCGGGACUCAGAAAACCGAGGAAGCACGCUGAGCCACGCUGAGUCACCGGGAUAUGUCAGCUGGGCUGCCGACCACGCAGAACCAGCUGCGAAGAAGAGGAAGAAGAGGAAGAAGAGGAAGAAGAACAUCCACCCUCCAGAAUGGAAACCCGCGCUUCUGGCAUUUCACACCUCUGAGCUUGGGGAUGCACCUGGGAAGCUUGCAAGGGGCGACGCGUGCACACCUCGGUGA